AUGGCAUCCUUCCCUGUCCUGCAGAAAGAGAGAAUGUUCCAGUCCGGAACCCAUGCCUACAGAAUUCCGGCUCUGCUCUACCUGCCUCAGCACAAGACACUACUGGCCUUUGUGGAAAAGCGGAUGAGCAAGAAGGAUGAGCACGCAGAGCUGAUUGUCCUGCGAAGAGGAAGCUAUGAUGCAUCCACCCACCAUGUCCAGUGGCACGCUCAGGAAGUGGUGGCUGAAGCCCAGCUGGAGGGCCACCGGUCCAUGAACCCGAGUCCCUUGUAUGAUGAGAAGACAGGAACCCUCUUCCUCUUCUUCAUUGCCAUCCCCAGGCAGGUGUCCGAGUACCAUCAGCUCCACACCAGGGUCAACAUGACACGGCUGUGCCAGGUCACCAGCAUGGACCAUGGGCAAUCCUGGAGCCCUGCCAGAGACCUCACUGACCCCGCCAUCGGUGCAGCCCACAAGGAAUGGGCCACUUUUGCGGUGGGUCCAGGGCACUGUCUGCAGUUGCAGAACAACACCCGGAGUCUGGUGGUGCCUGCCUAUGCUUACCGAAUCCUUCACUCCCUCCAGAGGCCUUCCCCUUUUGCCUUCUGCUUCAUCAGCCAUGACCAUGGGCACUCAUGGAUGAGAGGGAACUUUGUGGCCCAGGACACCCUAGAGUGCCAAGUGGCUGAAGUUGGGGGCGCAAAGCAGAGGGUGGUGUAUCUGAAUGCCAGAAGCCCGCUCGGAGCCAGGGUCCAGGCCAAGAGUACCAAUGAGGGGCUCGACUUCAAGGAGGCCCAACCUGUGAAGAAGCUUGUGGAGCCUCCCCAUGGCUGCCAUGGGAGCAUUGUCAGUUUUCCCAACCCCCAUGCAGGCUCAGGAGCCUCAGACAAAUGGCUGCUCUACACUCACCCGACCAACCCGCAGCAGAGAGCUGACCUGGGUGUGUACCUCCACAAGGGACUCCCAGGUCCUGACACCUGGUCGGAGCCCGCUCUUCUGACAAAGGGCAGCUGCGCUUACUCAGACCUCCAGAGCAUGGGUAGUGGCCCCGAUGGGUCACCCCAGUUUGGGUGUCUGUAUGAAUCAGCUGAUUACGAAGAGGUCAUCUUCCUCAUGUUCACCCUGAAACAAGCCUUCCCAGGAGAAUUUUUGUCUCAGUGA